AUGGCGACCGAUACACCCAAGCCCAUCCACAGCCUCGUCCUCGACGCCGGCCCAAUAAUAAAAAACGAGCCCUCCGUCUCAACUCUGCUAGGCCAAGCCGAGACCCUCUACACCAUCCCGGCCGUCAUCGACGAAAUUCGCGAUGCCGUCACAAGAGCGCGAAUCGAGAAUACCUUACUACCAUUCCUAACUCUACGAUCACCAAGACCGGCGAGCGUGAAGGUUAUAAGCGAUUUUGCGAGGAAGACGGGGGAUUUGGAGGUGCUGAGUAGGCCGGAUAUUCAUUUGAUGGCGUUGGCCUAUGAGUUGGAGUGUGAGAGGAAUCAUGGGGGUUGGAGGUUGAGGAGUACGCCGGGGCAGAAGGGGCUGAAUGGUGUUAAGCCGGAGAGUUUGAAGGGUGAUGCGGUGCGGGGGACAGAAGAGGCUGUGACAGCGGUUUUAACGGAGGUAGAGGGAGAGAAAGUUCCCCCACCUGAGACGAGAGGUGCUUGGGGAACGACGAUACCGAGCGCAGCGGACCCUACGCCAGCUGAAUGGCCUACGGCGGGUGGUCUGGAGGAAAAGCUGAAGGAUACACACAUCUCGUCGCUAGAACAACAAGCAACUCGGGAACCGGACAUAUUGGAGAAUCCACACAUCUCUUCACAAGAAACACUCGAAGUCCAAGAUCCAACCCUCGAAACCCUUUCUCCUACCGCCGGAGCAGCAGCGGAACCGCUACAGCCAUCAGAUCCUUCAAUUGAAGACAUAGAAGCUUCCGAUAAUGAAGGAUCCGAUAAUGAAGGUUGGAUCACACCCUCAAACCUCAAGAAACACCAAGAGAAAGACGCAAAUGGCUCCGCAAAGCCGGACAAGGCACCCAUGAAAAUGGAAGUCGUUACCGUCACCUCGGAUUUCGCCAUGCAGAAUGUCCUCCUCCGAAUGAACCUCAAUCUCAUGUCGCCAAAUCUCCAACGAAUACGACAACUGAAGAAUUGGGUACUAAGGUGUCAUGCAUGCUUUUAUAUCACUAAAGAUAUAGGCAAGCAGUUCUGUACUCGGUGUGGAAAGCCGACAUUGUUACGGACAUCGUGUUCGACGGACAAGGAUGGUAAUUUCAAGGUCCAUUUGAAGAAGAAUAUGCAGUGGAACACAAGGGGAAAUGUCUACAGUAUACCAAAGCCAGUGGCAGGGACUUCAAACGGGAAGCUUGUUGCUGGAGGAGGGAAAGGAGGUUGGGGUCAGAGUUUGAUUUUGGCUGAAGAUCAGAAGGAGUACAUCCAAGCUAUGACUGGAAGUAGGAGGAACAAAGAGAAAGAUCUGAUGGAUGAGGAUUAUCUGCCGAAUCUCUUGUCUGGGGAUAGGGGUCGAGCAGGCGGGAGACCUAAAGUUGGUGCGGGGAAGAACGUGAAUUCGAAGAAGCGGAGAUGA